AUGAGCUUGAACAGCUCCGCUGCAAACAUCGACGGUGGAGUGAACAAGGUAAGGUGCAACUGCUCGGAUGGAUACGAAGGCAACCCUUACAUCAUUCACGGAUGCCAAGAUAUCGAUGAGUGCCAACAGCCAGUUUAUCCAUGUGUGCAUGGGACCUGCAUUAAUAUGCCGGGGACAUACCGAUGUGCAACAAAGAAACGUAUCAUCAGCCUCCCAGGUUUAAUUACCGCAAUUGCAGUAACUGCUGGUUUUGGGUUACUGUUUUCACUUCUGGGUGCUGCCAAAAUCACUAAUAAACUCAAGCAACGAAGAGCCAAAAAGUUGAGACAAAAAUUCUUCAAGAAAAAUCAUGGAUUGCUUCUACAACAGUUAAUCUCUUCAAACAACGAUAUAGCCGAAAGAACAAGGGUUUUUAGCUUGGAAGAACUGGAGCAAGCGACCAACAAAUUUGACCAUAAUCGCAUCCUUGGUGGAGGUGGCCAUGGCACGGUGUACAAAGGCAUCUUAUCUGAUCAACGUAUUGUGGCCAUCAAGAAGGCCAAAAUUAUUGUACAAAGGGAAAUCGACCAGUUCAUCAACGAGGUUGUCAUACUUUCACAGACAAACCAUAGGAAUGUGGUGAAGCUUUUUGGUUGUUGCCUUGAGACAGAAGUUCCUCUACUUGUUUACAAAUUCAUAUCAAAUGGAGCUCUUUCAUUUCAUCUCCAUGGCCAAAGUGAGAACCCAUUAUCAUGGAAAGAUAGGUUGAGGAUUGCACUAGAAACUGCAAGGGCCAUUGCAUAUCUACACUCUGCUGCUUCAAUAUCAGUAUACCACAGAGAUAUCAAAUGUGCAAAUAUACUACUUACUGAUACCUUGACAUCAAAAGUAUCAGAUUUUGGAGCUUCGAGGUCUAUUGCAAUAGAUGAGACAGGAAUACUUACAGCUGUCCAAGGAACCCAUGGUUACCUUGAUCCUGAAUACUACUACACUAGUCGACUCACGGAGAAAAGCGAUGUUUACAGCUUUGGUGUCAUCCUAGCAGAGCUACUGACAAGGGUGACACCAGUUUUUUCUUCUCAUUCAUCAGAAGGGACAAGCCUAGCAUCACAUUUUGUAUCACAUAUAAGAGACAAUCGAUUCUCAGAUAUUCUAGAUGCACAAAUUGUUGAGGAGGGAGGGGCUGAAGAUGUUGAGGUGGUUGCAAGACUCGCAGAAGCAUGCUUAAGUUUAAAAGGUGAAGAAAGGCCUACAAUGAGACAAGUGGAGACAGUACUUGAAGAUGUUCAGAACUCAAGAGUCAAUCUUAGUUCUCAGAUCACAAGAGUGAACCGAAAUGCUAUAAAUGAUCAACCAUACAAGGGAAGUAAAGGCGGAGAAGAAACUAGACUGUACAGCUUGGAAAAGGAUUUUAUAGAGUCGUCUGAAAUUCCAAGAUGA